AUGGAAUCGAUUUCUUUCCGCAGUUCAGUGGUGUGUCAGUGGGUAUUUGAACUAGCAGAAAAACAGAAAGCAGUCAAACCCAGAAUGGAAGAUUCUCGCAGCCAAAAACCUGCAGCUCCAAAAACAGAACAAACAUCGAAAGCGAAACUAAGAACUAAGACACGUGGUGGUAAUGGUGAAAAAUCAACAGAAGGCACUACUUCUACCAAUGAUACUGCCACUGGUGAUGGCGGGGAAGUUUCUCUCUUGAGAGAAAUGUUUCCCAGCGUGGGGGAAGAAACAAUAUCAGCCGUCCUGAUGAAGUGUCAGGGAGACAUGGAGGAAGCAAUUCAGCAACUGUUAGCUCUACCAGAGGAAAUCACGAGAGGGAGAGAGAUGGAAGUGAAAACCAGAGGCCAGACAAGACAUUUGGGCGAUCCAUCUAGGACGGAAGUGUGUGGUGACAAAGAUAUAAAGGAAUCACUGCUAGCAAGGUACUCUUUUGUGGACACAAAGGAAGAUAAAGUCACCCAUCGUCCAGUUUUAUCAAAACCACUAGAAAAAACUGCAGCAAAUUUCAUUUUGAUUCCAGGAGCCAAAAAAGAUGGUGAGGUAUAG